AUGCCUAUAACAGCGGCGAAGGCGAAGGAAGCUACGAUGCGAGAGACGGGUGAUUUUAUUGUGGAGGGGCCGUGUUUCCACGCCCUCCUCGAGCUGCUGCACAUGGACCAGCUCCCCUUUGUUCUCACGGUGCCUGGCGAGAAAGAUAUGCUGCCGCUUGGGGAAAAUUUCGAUGUCCUUCUCAUAGUCAGCAUAUGGGUCUAA